GGCCUAACUUCCUCUUCCCCUCCCACACCACCACCACCACCACCUUCAAGCCCAGCACUAUAAUUUCCUAAUAACGUCCUAAAUUCCAAAUCGAAUUCUAAAACAUUUUGAGAGCGGCGAUGAAGCAAGUCGGUAUGUCCGAGUGGUUAAGGAGACAGACUUGAAAUCUGUUGGGCUUCGCCCGCGCAGGUUCAAAUCCUGCUGCCGACGUUUUUUUUCCAUGAUUUGACUGUUCUAAUACGAUGAAGUGCUCUGUUGUUACCUUCAGGUUUUGCUGCAAGUGGGUAUCAAAGACCUGGAGACCUUCAUGGGCUGGAGACAGAGUGGAGCAUCUGAUUCAAGCAACUUUAUAAAAUAGUGUUGCCUCGUUUGAUAUACCUGUGCAGAAAUGCUGCCAUGUUCCAUGUUUGAGGGGAAAAUAGUGGAUUUAAUAUCGAAGGAUUUAAUCUACUCUAUGCUUAUAUUUUGAGUUUUGACAGUAUGGCUAUCCAAAUUACUGAGUGCGAGCAUAGUGCCCGAGGAAAAGCCAAGUAAUGAUUUGUCUUGGAGUUGAGACCUUAUCUUUUGGCAUAUCCUGGCGGUCAUUACUUGUGCUUCCUAUCUAAAAAUGGACAGAAUAACAAUCCACUGUGGGUAUUGCAGACUAGAUCAUUUCACAACCAAAAGGAUUGAUUACUUUUGUUGCUCUAGAUGCCAUUCCCUAAUUCCUACACAAACAUGUGAAGUAACAAACCAUACUAAAAUUCUGAAGGGAAGAAGUCGGAAAGACUCUCAGUUGCAGAAGACCAGGAGUUCUGGUCCAAACAAUUGCACUUACAAUAAUGGCAGCCUCAAAAGCACUGCAGGAUCAUCUGAUUAUAAGACUAUAGUAAGCCAAAAGCCAAAAGCUUCUUUUACGAUUUUAAAUGCAUGUCCUAGAGAUAUCUCUGCAGCAAGGCUUGGCAAACGAGCACUUAUAUGUGGCGUCAGCUACAAGAAGCAGAAAUACAAGCUGAAAGGAACUCUUACUGAUGUCUACAAUAUAAAGCAGCUUCUCAUGAAUCGAUAUCAUUUUCCAGACUAUACGAUUAGAGUCCUUACAGAGGAAAAUAACCCAGAUCGAGUUCCUACUAAAGCAAACAUGGAAGAAGGCUUGAGAUGGCUUGUUGAGGGAUGCAAACCAGGGGAUUCAUUGGUGUUUUAUUUCUCUGGACAUGGGUUGAGGCAGCUGGAUGUUGAUAAUGACGAGCUUGAUGGCUUUGAUGAAACACUCUGCCCUGUUGAUUUCAAAACCAAAGGAUUGAUCCUUGACAAUGAUAUCAACACGAUGAUAGUUAAACCUCUAAUCAAGGGGGUAACACUUCAUGCAAUCAUUGAUGCUUGCUAUAGUGGAACCAUCCUCGACCUUGAGUACUUGUAUGACCUGAAAGAGAGAAAAUGGUUGGACAACAGACCUCCUUCUGGAGCUAAGAAGUGUACUAGGGGUGGUCGUGCCAUCUGUUUUAGUGCUUGUCGUGAUGAUGAAAUGGCCACUGACAGCAAUGCAUUCACAAAAAAAGGCAUGAGUGGCGUCAUGACACAUUGUUUCAUCCAAGCCAUCCUGAAUAAACCAAAUUUGACAUACUUUGAACUCUUGAACUCUGUGCGGAAGACCAUUUUGGAGACGUUUGCAUCAAGGUGCCUCAGUUCUAAGCUCAUCGAUAAGAUGUUACACCGCAAUUUAUCACAGGAGCCGCAGCUCUCUUCUUCAGAAGCUUUCGACGUUGAUAAUGCAAAGUUUAUUUUGUGAUCAUGAUCCUAAUGACAAAGUAAGCUUUGAAAAAGCUCUCUGCUCAGUCCUUUACGAGCCAAGAAAAUUCUUGUUAAGAAAUGUUGCGUAUUAUGUUUUCUAAUUGUGCAUAAUCGUGGAGAAAUUUCCAAUUUACCAUGUGUAAUUACAUAUUGAAUUUACCAACUGAUUAUUCGUUAAUAUAAAUUAUUUGUUGCUGCAA